CAUGUAUCAGCACCUGAUAGUUAUAUUUAGUCCUAAGACCCCUUAUAGUGAAAACCUUUAAUUAGUCAAAAUGAACGGUAUAAACCAGAUAAAUUGUCCAUUAAAUGGACAUAAUAAUGCGGUUAAAAAUGGAAAAAUCGCGUAUGUGGCCCCGAUUAACGGAGACGAGUUCGUUAUACCGGAUGCACCGAGGAGGUGCACUUGGAGUAAGGAGGCGAGCAGAAGUGAAAUGGAGAAUCCUCACACCAAAAGGGAUUGGAAAAGAACCGACAAAAUAGCCUCAAACGUAUUACAACUCAUAGGAAACACGCCGAUGGUGAAGCUCAAUUCGAUUCCUAAAAAAGCAGGAGUAAAAUGCAACGUUUAUGCCAAAUUGGAAUAUUUCAAUCCGGGAGGUUCGAUCAAAGACCGCAUAGCAAAAAGGAUGAUCGAAGAUGCGGAAAAACAGGGAACACUCAAACCCGGAAUGACCAUUAUAGAACCGUCCUCCGGGAAUACCGGAGUGGGCGUGGCACUAGCAUCAGCGAUUAAAGGUUACAAAUGCAUCAUUGUGAUGAGCGAGAAAAUGUCCAACGAAAAAAUCGCGGUAAUCAACGCUUUGGGGGCGCGUUUAAUAAAAACCCCCAUAACGGCCGACUCGUAUGCGGAAGAUGGGAUCUUCGGGGUGGCCAGUCGCCUCCAUAAAGAAAUUCCCGAUUCGCUUAUUUUGGAUCAAUUUUCGAAUCCUGGAAAUCCUUUGGCUCAUUAUGAUACCACCGCGGAAGAAAUCCUGGAUCAGUGUGAUCAUAAAGUGGAUAUGCUUGUCCUAGGUGCAGGUACAGGAGGUACAAUAACAGGUAUCAGCAGGAAAUUCAAAGAAGUAUCCCCAAAAACGAAAAUAGUCGGGGUAGAUCCUGAAGGAUCAGUUUUUGCUCUGCCAGAAAACUUAAACAACACAGACGUAACCUUCUUCGAAGUCGAAGGGUUGGGUUAUGAUUUUGUUCCAACCUCUCUGGAUCAAACCGUGGUUGAUCAAUGGAUCAAAACUAAUGAUCAGGAGAGUUUAACGAUGGCUAGGAAACUUAUAAGAGAAGAAGGGAUUUUGUGUGGAACUAGUAGCGGUGCAGCCGUAAGUGCAGCAAUAAAACUCGCUAAAGAGUUACCAGAAGGGCAGAAUGUCGUAGUGGUCAUCCCCGAUAGUAUUCGAAACUAUUUGACGAAAUUCGUGUCUGACCACUGGAUGGAAGCCAAAGGGUUCCAAGCAUGUGAAAAUAUUAAUAAGCAUUGGUGGUGGGAGCAUAAUGCUAAAAACCUAAAAUUUAGACCAACAGUUGCUGUGGAGGCAAGUUGUUUAUGCCUUAAUGUUGUAAAUUUGAUGAAAAUUAAACAGGUUAAUGAGGUGGUUGUUUUAAAGCCUGAUGGGAGUAUAUUAGGGACAGUAACCAAAAAGAUUUUAAUUAAUUAUAUGCUGGCUAAUCAAGUGCUUGCCAGCGAUACAGUGGAGAAAGCUACUAUAAGAAUAUACCCUAAAGUGGAUGUUAGUACCGGAAAUUUGGGUUUGAUAUCUCGGAUUUUGGAAAAAGAGAGUUACGUGAUUAUAACUCAGACAAAUGGUGCUGCAAAAUAUGAAAGACCUGUAGGAAUAAUGGGUAUUGAUGAGCUGUAUGAGUACAUUUGUCGGGCAGAAAGUGACAAAUGUUGAUUACAUUUGUAACAUGGCAGAAAAUUGAGAUUACUCAAUAAAUGGAGUAUUAUAGUCAA